AUGGAACUGAAGAUCUUGCAUGAAAGUGGACAACCGGGGGACAAAGUCAAUUUGAUGUUUUUCUCAGAUGGAUAUAUCAUAGAGGAAAAGAAAAAAUUCUUCCAAGAUGCUCUUGAACUCAGCGAUGUGAUAGUCGCCAAGAAUGGAAGUAUGGCACAUGUUUCACAUUUACUCAACGUAUAUGCUGUAUUCGUUCCUUCUUCACAUUCGGGAUUAGGACACGAUCAUCCAUUACCUCAUAGUCCUUUCGGUCUCUAUCGACCAGGUCCAGAGCUUCGGGCGGUAUAUGUUGGACAUGCCGCUCGUGCUAGGACGGCGUGUAAGUUUUGGAGAGAUGGAAAGAAGGCGGGGUGUGAUAAUGCUAUCCUUCUCGGUAAUGAUCCCCUUUAUGGAGGUCUUGGUGGGGAGUUCACUGUUAUCACAGCGUCCAAAUUGAACGGCGGUCUGGUUCUCCAGCAUGAACUAGGUCAUUCUCUUAUUCCUGUUGGAGAGGAAUACGAAGGAGGCUACGUAUACUGCGGUGUCAAUUCCGAUUCACCGAAAAAUCUGCAUCAUCUGAAAUGGGCAGAUAUGCUAACAACACCGGACGAUGUGAGGAUAGAAGAUGCCCGCGUGCCUCUGCAAGCGUACCCAUGGCACGAUCUGUCAUCUUCACCAUACACCAUCUCCUUCACUUCAUCUUCCACCCCAUUACAUCCCUAUCCAUCUGCUUUUCUGCGUCUCUCACUUUCCUCCAUACCCCAGGCCUCUCAUGUCAAUCUGACCCUCAAUGAACAAUCUAUCGAUCUGACUGCUGGUUUCCCUCCGUUAUGGGAAGGAUCCAAAGAUCGUCGAUGGGUAGAAUUACCCAUUUUUCCGUUGUCAGAAGAAUCGUACAUUCUACAAGUGGCUCUUACGGACGAAGGGCGGGAUGAACCAACAGGGAAAGGAGGAAAGAUGUUGACAUCUGUCGAAAUAAUCGAGUAUGGUCGUGGAUUUCGGCACGAGCUCGGCUUUGUAGGGGCCUUUCCGACGUAUUCCAUUGACGGUCGGAUGAGUCUGAGACCGACGAAUGAAGAUUGCGUCAUGAGAAGGGUCAAUGAACAACACUUCUGCCCGAUAUGCAGUAAAGGUCUCCAAAUAAACCUAGAAAAAAUCAUACAGGCCAAAAGAAGACACGUCCCUUACGAGAUUAUCAAACGUACCUUAUUGCGAUGUCGGUGA